AUGAAACCAGAAACUUUAGUUAUGAAAAUAAUAGACGCUGUUGAAACAGAUUCCCCAACUGUAAUAACUUUCAACGUGACUGGUGCUACAGCUGGUGGAGUAAGCGUUGCCAACGAUAAGAAAGCAGCUGCAGUAACAGCAGCCGCAGAACAUAGACACAAUUUAGCAUUGGAAAAGUUGGCAGAGGGUAAAAAACCUAAAACGGAAAAGAAAGGUUCAGGAGUGGGAGAUAUGAUAGGCACAAUGAAAGAAUUUGGAAAAAGAUUUAGUGAAGAAACCAAGAAAACUGUUAAACAAGGAUUAAAUAAAUUAGUAGAUAGUAUUGACACAGGAGAAAUCAAAGUCAAACAUAAGGGUAAUGGAAUAUUUUUAAAAAAUAUACACACUGGUGAAGGAAUAUAUCUUUCAAAGUAUAAAGGAGAAGGAGUGAUUUUUGGAACAAAUUAA